GUCGGACUAUUAUUGCCUGCAUUAUUUGCCGAAGAGCUCUCAUUCAUCACAAGCAAGUUACAAGUAUAGGGAACGCUUUCUACAGCGGACUCCAAUCGAACCUCCAGGCAGUUCCUGACGUUUAUUUACACGUUUAAUCCUAACAAUGUCUGCACUGGGGAAACGAAAAGAGCGGGAGGAUGAACCUGAGCAGCCAAAAGUACAUGGAUCUACACUCUUCGUAUCCAACCUGCCAUACACCGCAACAUCAACCGACCUACAAACACUUUUCUCCGAUAUCGCACCUGUGAGGUCUGCGUUCGUGGUGACCGAGAAGGGGUCGGGAGUCUCGAAAGGCGUCGGGUACGUCUCCUUCGCCGUCAAAGAGGACGCCAAAGCAGCAUAUGAAAAGCUAUCACGAGAAGGGAUCACCCUUGACGGCCGAGGCUUGAGGGUAUCAUGGGCGGACAGCAAGAACAAGCACAAGGAUGAGAAAACGGAGAAGGCACCAAAACCCCGUCCUGAACCCCGCCCUCGUGCUGCACCGUCACAGAGUGACCCUUUGGCAAUCCGUACGAUCGUGAUCGCCGGCCUUCCAUCUUCUAUCGACUCAAAGUCGCUGUGGAAGAAGGUUCGGAAGUAUGGGGGCGCAGAGAAGGUUGAGUGGCCGUUAAAGAGGGAUGAUGGCACUGAGGAUCCUACAAGCGCGCACGCCGUAUUUGCUACACCCGCCGCUGCCCAGGAGGCCGUCAGCAAGCUGCACGCCCAUGUCUUCAAAGGCUCCCUUCUCUCCGUCACUCUCAAGAAACGGCUCGAAGGGCUCGCGAAAGCCACCAUCAAACGGGGCAAAGCCAAAGCCGGGGCCCCCGUCAUGCCGAGUCGCUCCAGCAGGCUGAUCGUGCGCAACCUACCGUUCAACAUCACCGAACAAGAUCUCCGCGCCGUGUUCCUGCCGUAUGGGCCUAUCUACUCGAUCACCCUGCCGAUGACGGAGGCGAAAGAAGGCGAGCAGCCGCGGCCGAAGGGCUUCGCGUUCGUGUGGAUGCUGAGUAAGAAGGACGCGGAGAAGGCGAUGGAGGGGUGUAAUGGGCUGAAGGUGCGCGCGGGGAUGGCGGAUGGGAUCGUUUCGGAUAAGCAGAAGCGGAAGAAACAAAGACGGGAGGAGACGAAGGCGAGGAAGACAGCGAAGGGAGAUGAGGAGGAAGAGGCGAGUGAUGCGGCGGAGGAAGAGGAGGAUGGGAAGAAGGCGCGUGAACGGGUUAUCGCGGUUGAUUGGGCAUUGAGUAAGGAUCGUUGGGAAGAAGAGAAAGCAAAGAUCGAGGAGGUGGAGGAUGAGGAAGAUCCAGAGGAGGGCGCUGACAGCGACCAGUCUGAAGUGGAGUCCGGGAGUGAGUCCGACGAAGGGGAAGGGCCUCUAGGCGUUCAUGAAGACGGCAGCGAUGAUGAUGAAAGCGGCGGAUCGGAUGAGAGUGGUGACGAGGACAUGGACGUGGAUGAGCAGAAGCCUGCAAAGCCGACUCUACCGCCUCCAGAGACUGGCACUACACUCUUCAUCCGGAACGUGCCAUACGAGGCCACUGAAGAUGAAUUACGGACACUUUUCCGUACAUUCGGGCCGCUACGAUAUGCUCGAAUCACUAUGGACCAUGCUACAGGGCGUCCUCGUGGAACGGGUUUCGUCUGCUUCUGGAACAAGGAAGACGCAGACAAGGCUAUCCAGCAGAGCGAAAUCCUUCGGGCUGAGACUGCAGGAGAAGAGCUGCCGAAGAAAAAUCCCUUCAAGUUCUCAUCGAUUCUGACUCCGGACCCGUCCUCAGCAAUGGCUCAGAGUUUAGUCCUCCAUGGACGCACUCUGGACGUCAUUCGAGCCGUCACGCGGGAAGACGCCGUCAAGCUCAAAGAAGCUGGCGAGAAGCAGCGACAGAAGGCGGAUAAGCGCAAUCUGUACUUGCUCAGAGAAGGAAUUAUAUUACCCAACACUCCAGCGGCAGAGCUGCUCAGCACCGCCGAAGUCGAAAAACGCACAAUGUCGUUCAACGCGAGAAAGAAGCUCCUUCAGUCGAACCCGUCUCUUUUCAUUUCCAAGACGCGUCUCAGCAUACGCCAAAUCCCGCUCUUCGUCACUGAGCGCUCGCUGCGCAAGCUCGCUGUGCACGCCAUCCGCGCGUUCAACAUCGAGUAUCUGAAGGGCUCGAGACCGGGACUGACCGAAGAUGAGCUGACGGAUCCGGCCGGGCGUGAGCAUGCAGAGGAGGAGCAUUCGGAGACGGAAAGUCACAAGCCUCAGCCGAAGAAGAAAUCGUUCCUGAAGAAAAAUUCGAAGGUCCGGCAGGCGAAGAUCGUGCGUCAACAGGACCGCGUCGACCCCGUCACGGGCAAAGGCCGCAGCAAAGGCUACGGCUUCCUCGAGCUCGACACGCAUGCGAACGCGCUGCGCGUCUUGCGAUGGGCGAAUAACAACCCCGACGUGCUGGACCUCUUCCGGGAGUGGUGGAAGACCGAGCUAUCGGAUCUAGUGAAACUGGAGAAGAAGAAACCCGAGAAGGAAAGGGAGAAGGGUCGGCUAGAGAGGCUGGAGCUGGAGCUGGAGAAGGCUGACACGCGGGAUGUGAAGGCGAGGGGGACGCUGAUUAUUGAGUUUUCGAUUGAAAACGUGCAGGUAGUACAACGAAGAGCGGCGCGUCAGAAGGACACGAAAGAUGUUACGGUGAAAGACCGGCCAACCCGGACUGCAGCCUCUCCGAAAAAGGACACGAUCGCGAAUAAGGAGGAGGAGAGGCCCAGCAAGAAGCAGCGUAAACGGCAAGAUAGCAGUGCGGAUUCUCGUCGGAAUAUGGCGCCUCCGCCCGCAGAGGCGCCUGUGAAGAACAAAAACCCAGUGGGAUCUAUCAUUGGCAAAAAGCGGAAACAGCGCAAGCUGGCCAAGAAAGGCCACUCGUAGCUUUGUAUCUUGUCGUAGGUCGUCUAUACUUGCGUGUGCAAUUAUAAUUAUCUCGUCUGGUGGUCACCUAUCGUGAAUUGAGACAG